UGAAGCAAAUAGAAAGAACCCUGGUCAACAAAAGAAAUCAAAGCCAACAGCAUGCUUGUCCCUGUUAUGGUCAUUCUAUUUUGACAGUAAUCAUUCGUGUCUGGAUUAGAAAGCUUCUCUCAUAUGGCUACCUACAGAAAUCUGAUUGCUUCCGUCCUCGUGUUAUCCUGUCACUUUUUGCGUGCAGAUUUUGCUAAUAACAACUCAAUAAUGAAGGGACAAAGUUUAGCUGAUUACCAACAGCUGGUCUCAGCAAAUGGCUUCUUCAAAAUGCAAUUUUUCAGUCCAGGCAAGUCAAGGAACCGCUACUUGGGUAUAUUUUACACUCAGCCAAGCCUUGAUAUGUACUCUGAUGUUAAUGGAGGAGGAGAUGAAAAGGCUUUGUGGAUAGCUAACAGAGACGAUCCGAUAACUGAUACAUCUGGAAGUCUUAUGAUAGCUCCUGAUGGCAGAUUAAUAAUUUCUCACAAGGAAGGUAAUGUUACUUUGUUCAGUGCUACACCAACAACAGCCACUAACUUAACUGCUAUACUACUCGAUAAUGGGAAUUUUGUGCUGAGGGAACUGAAUACCAAUAGCUUUGUAAAUCGGACGCUGUGGCAAAGCUUUGAUUAUCCAACUGAUACACUUCUGCCUGGAAUGAAGCUUGGGAUUAACUUGCGAACGGGGCAUAAAUGGUCAUUGACUUCAUGGGUAAAUGAUCAAGCACCUGCUUCAGGGUCUUUUACCUUUGGUCUUGACCCUAAUGGUACAAAUCAGCUGAUAAUCUUGUGGAUGGGCAAGGUCUAUUGGAAGAGUGGCCCGUGGUCUACUGGGCAUCUUGCUCUUAAAUAUGUCUCAAAUGAGGAUGAGAAAUACUUUUUGUAUACUGUUGAAGUUGAUUAUCUAAGAUACUUUGUGAGUCCAUUUGGAAUAAUUCAGGAUGGUUUUAAAAGAAAUGCAGUGUUUGGUAAUUGUAGUAAUGAGACUCCCCAUGCUGGCUGCGUAAAACAGGAGUUGCCCCAGUGCAGGGCAGCUAAAAAGUACUGGUUUGAGCUUAGACAAGUUUACAUGUUUGGAAACAGCAUUAAAGUUGAUGAGAACUAUACCUUGAGCCUCUCUGAUUGCAAGGCCAAGUGUGUGAAUGAUUGCUGGUGUGUUGCCUAUGCCUCAGUCGAUAGUGAAACCGGAAUUGGCUGUCAAAUUUGGGGGAAUGACACGAGUUUUGUGACAGCACAAAACAGUCUAGCCAGAGAUGUUUUCUUUCUUGCAAGCCGAGAUAGGAAGCGGAAAUGGUGGAUAUGGUUGACAAUAGCAGUGUCCCUAAUAGUAUUUGCGUUUAUUUGCUCCUUAUUCUGUCUGAUGCGAAGAAAACUCAGAGCAAGAGGCAAAGUCCGACAAAUGGAGAAAAUGUUAUACGAGAUUGAAGAUUCUAAGACCAUUUCCGGCCAGUACAAUACUAAGAAGACUGCUAGACUAAGGAAGAAGUUCAGGCAUGAUAUACACAUAUUCGGCCUAGAAACUAUGAAUAUGGCCACAAACAAUUUCUCGUCUUCCAAUAAGUUGGGACAGGGCGGUUAUGGACCUGUUUAUAAGGGAAUGUUGCUCGACGGGCAAGAGAUAGCCAUCAAGAGACUUUCAAGAAGUUCAGGGCAAGGAUUGGUUGAGUUUCAAAAUGAAAUUAUGCUGAUUGCUAAACUCCAGCACACUAAUCUUGUUAGGCUUUUGGGAUGUUGCAUUGAAGGGGAAGAGAAGAUAUUAGUUUAUGAAUACAUGAUGAAUAAAAGCUUAGACUUCUUCCUAUUUGAUCCUAGCAGAAAAGAUUCACUAAAAUGGAAUACGCGUUUGAACAUUAUUGAAGGAGUUGCUCAGGGACUACUUUAUCUCCAUAAGUAUUCAAGGCUGAGGGUGAUUCACAGAGAUCUAAAAGCUAGCAAUGUCUUGCUUGAUGACAAUAUGAACCCCAAAAUCUCAGAUUUUGGUUUGGCCAGGAUAUUUGGAAUGCAAGAAUUUGAAGCAAACACGGAGCGAAUUGUUGGUACCUAUGGUUAUAUGUCUCCAGAAUAUGCCAUGAACGGCAUUGUGUCGAUGAAGACAGAUGUAUUCAGUUUUGGAGUUCUAGUACUCGAGAUUUUGAGUGGCAAAAGAAACAACAGCUGCUAUCACUUAGAACGCCCACUAAACCUCAUCGGAUAUGCAUGGGAAUUGUGGAAAGCAGGCAGCGUCGUUGAAGAACUAACAGAUCCUGUAUUGACAAAUGAAUCAACACCAACGAACGAAGUGAUGAGAUGCAUUCAUGUAGGAUUACUCUGUGUUCAAGCCAAUCCUAUGGACAGACCAUCCAUGUCAAAUGUGGUUAUGAUGCUCACCAAUGAUAGCCUACAUCUACCCGUCCCCAAGCAACCAGCAUUUUUCAUUGAGACAGCUAUGACAGAGACCGAAACUCGCGAAGAAGUUGUACACUGUUCCACAAAUGGGCUAUCAGUUUCAGAUAUAGUAGCAAGAUGAGUUUCAUCAUUGCACCCCUCAAAAUUGUCAAAAAUGGUAUUAUGCAAUCUCCCUAAUGAAACAAAAUAAUAACCA